AUGGCCAAGUCCAAGAAUCACACCAAUCACAAUCAGAACCAAAAGGCUCACAAGAAUGGUAUCAAGAAGCCCAAGCGCAAGCGUCAUGAAUCGAAGCGUGGUAUGUGCCAGAAGUUCCUGCGUAAUCUUCGGUUCUCGAAGAAGGGUAACGUUUCGCACGAGGAAUCCCUGAAGCGCGCCGAGGAGCGUAAGGCCAAGUACGCUGGACAGCCCGCUCCCGUCAAGCUGUAG